CUAACCAAUGGCUGGCGGAAGUAUAGAGUUUUGGGGAGAGCAUAUAAUCAACAUAUUAUCGAAGGUGCUUAGAUAUUGAUCCUGUAUUUCGAGGUAGUUCAAAUUCACCUCUCUUGCACGUUUGGGCUCUACCUUAUUUUUUUGCUCCCCACCCGCGUUCUGUGGAGAAUAUUUCACGCGUAAAAUGCCGAAGAGAAAGUCUCCAGAGGGUUCUGAGGGCAAGGAGUCCUCCAAAGUCACAAAACAAGAGCCCACCAGAAGGUCAGAGAGAUUGUCAGCGAAACCUAUUCCAUCUAAGGCUGAGGUCAAGCCCAAGAAGGCCAUCGUCAAGAAGGUGGCUGAAGAGAAGGGGGCGAAGGCAAAGAAAGGCAGUGCGAAGGGUAAGAAGGAAGAUGGCCACACCCAGAAUGGAGAGACCAAGAACAAUGAGAUCUAUGUGUCUCGUCCGUCUGUCAGUGUGUCGUCCGUCAGAACCACAGCUCCCUCCUUGAUGUCAGUGAGAGGGCAGAGUGAUACAGUCAGAGUCAAGGACAACUGGCUCCACCAGUGGCCAGCCAGAGAAAACAGACAGGAGGGGUCCACUCGAGGGAGAUCAUGCAAACUCACAUGCACAAUCACAAGAUUUUGAUUCUCUUCUUGAAAAUACUUUGGAUUUCCGAUGAUAACAGAGGAGUUAUGGGAUUCAGUGAGUGGCUUUUUAUAGCAAUAAUAAGAGCGUGCACUUAUUUCCUGUGCAAAACAAAUUUGUGAACUUAUUUUAGUCUGAAAAACAUACAUAAAGGAUCAUUUUAACCAGCAGCUUGAAGCUGCUGUCACUCUUUUUUGACUCAUUUACAAACAUGUUUUUAGUCAUUUGUACUCAUGUAGCUUUGGAUUGUAUUUGCUCAGGUUUUGAGGUAUUACAUAAAACCUUGAGCAUGAAUGGAAGUCUUCAGUGCUUUAUCCAUUGAUAAAAAAAACACUCUCAAAAACCUGCAUUUAUCUGCAGAAACAAGGUUGCAGACAGUAAUGAUAAUCCUAAUGUAUCGUCCUUCCUUGUACAAUACGAGAAUCAAUACGCCCGGGCAAAUACAGAAGGCACUCUAAAGUAAACGGUCCCUUCCUGUCAGUUUCAGUCUCCAGACGUCACUACUUCAUGUCUCCUCACGGUGGCGCUGCUCAAAUGAUCAGUUAGACAUAUAUCGUGAUAUAUAGCUAUAUGAUUGUUUUUGUUUUUCCCCUAUGUGUAACUUUUAAAUAUAAACAAAUGCCUGCUACAUGCAAGCUAUUGUCAAAUAAGUUUACCCAAAGCUGAUAAAGCCUAUUAGCGCCACACGACUCUCUCUGUGUUUCUCAGUAUAGCAGUGUUCAGAUCUCAGUGCUGGUAAACUGACAGGUCAGAGUAUGACUGAAAACACAAACAAAGCAUCGUUCAGUGGCUUGACAGGAUAAAAAGCUUUUUGGCCAUACGCUGCUGCUGUAUACACACAAACACUCCCUCGGUCACGUCUGAUAGUAUUGCUUGACAGAGCCAGUUUUCAGAUGAAGGAGACACAACAGAGACCAAACAGAGGUAGAAUAAUAACAUUUGAGGUUGUCAAGAUUUACCUUAGCUUAGCAUAACGUUUUUAUUUAGAUCUUGUUUAUUUUGGACAUAGCCAGGAUACUGGUUCCACCCGUCCAUCACCAGUAUGACUAAGCUAACAUGCAAAUGUCAUAACACGUGUCACUCUGGAUUCACAUUUGUUUCACAUACAUUAGAGUAGUAUUGACCUUGCGCUCAGCAAGAAAAAUUAACAAAUGCACCUCUCUGUUCUACUAAAUAUGCUUCAGAAUCUUCAGUGACCAAAGUGCUGAUUGUUUCCAGAUUACUUAGAUCAUCUUUAAUCCUGUACCUGGUUCACGGCUGAUGUAGUUACAUGGAGAAUUCCGUCUUCAACUGCUGCAGACUUGCCCGAUGAGUUUUGGCAAACCAAAGCAGACAACCAUACCUUACCUUUACCUUAUCUUACUUU